AUGAGGAUGGAUAAUUUAUAUACCUGGUUCCUGGCCCUCUCUAUCCAAGGGGGUCUUGGCAACAAAAAUGCAGUAGAUCUGCUAGAACACAAUGUGAACCCCCACAUUGCAGAACAGCUCUAUCUGCAAGAUAUGAGAAGCCAAGAGCUCUCACAAGUGGCAGAAGAAGUCCACAAAAUUGGUAGGGCCAUGGAGCUCUACAAAUGCAAUUUAGUGGCAUGUCCACCACCAAAAGCAACUAUGGUGACUCCAAAAACCAUUGUAAUAUUUGGCCUAAAUGCGGUGUGUGAAGCGCACCAUCAAGAGGCGUGGAAAUUUUGCUUAGCUUUGGUGGAGUCAACAAACAUACUUGGUCUUGGCUACAAAAUGGUUCCUGGGUCAUGUGGUUUGGCCUAG